AUGGUGGGGGUAGAAAGGAAGGUCAUCGAACGUAAGCUGAUGAUGAAACCGGGGGUAAAUGAGGUUAAGCAGAAGAAAAGGGUACAAGGAGGAGACCGUAAUAGGGCGAUCAAUGCAGAAGUGUCUAAGCUGACGGAGGCCGGAAUAGUUAGGGAGGCGACGUACCCAACAUGGAUUGCAAACCCAGUUAAGGUCCGUAAGCAGGAUGGGUCGUGGCGCAUGUGCAUCGACUUUUUUGAUCUAAACAAGGCAUGCUCUAAAGAUUGCUACCCACUCUCGGAAAUCGAUCAGAAGGUAGAGUCGCUACAGGGAUACAAGCUAAAAUGCUUCUUGGACGCAUACAAAGGGUAUCACCAGAUAUUGAUGAGCAAAGAAGACGAAGAGAAAACAGCCUUCUAUACAGACCAUGGCACGUUCUGCUACACCAAGAUGCCUUUCGGGUUAAAGAACGCAGGGGCGACAUACCAACGGCUAGUUGACUCGAUAUUCGCCAAGCAAAUUGGAAGGAAUAUUGAGGUAUAUGUAGAUGAUAUGGUGAUCAAGAGCCCAAGUGAAGAAAAGAUGAUGCAAGACAUCGAAGAGACUUUCAAAACAUUAGAGGUAACCAAGAUGAAACUAAACCCAGCCAAAUGCACGUUUGGAGUGGAAGAGGGGCAAUUCUUGGGUUACUAUGUUACUAGACAAGGCGUCCAGCCCAGCCCGACCAAUGUCGACGAGUUCAUCGAGAUGCCAACCCCAAACUCUCUUAGAGAUGCACAAGGUCUGAACGGGAAGCUCACAUCUCUAAGUAGGUUCAUCUCAAAAUCUGCCGACAAGGCUAUGCCACUGUUCCACACCUUAAAGGGAUGCAUCGAGAAAAAUAAUUUCCAAUGGACGAAUGAAGCUGAGAAGGCGCUCCAGAGAAUCAAGGAGGCAUUGCACAAGAUGCAGACCCUGGCAACCCCAAUCCUGGGUGAAACAUUACAAGUGUAUCUAUCGACGUCAGGUGAAGCGAUAUCAUCGGUAUUGGCUGUGGAAAGGGAAGGAGAGCAGAGACCGAUAUACUUUGUUAGCAGAGCGCUGCAAGGACCAGAACUCAAUUAUCCCAAGCUGGAAAAAUUGGUGUUGGCACUUAUCUACGUUGCGAGACGAUUAAGGCGAUACUUCCAGGCACAUCAAAUCAAGGUACUCACAAGCUACCCCAUUAAACAGAUCUUGCUUAAGCCGGAUACGUCGGGUCGGCUGGCCAAGUGGGCAAUUGAACUAGGAGAGCACGACAUAAACUACCGCCCAAGAACAAGUAUCAAAGGGCAGGAGUUGGCUGAUUUCUUACUAGAAAUUCCUGACAGAGGGAAUCCGGCAAAAGAAAAGGUGUGGGUAGUUGAAGAGGCCCCUACCGGUAAUGGUUCAUGGACCCUGUACACGGACGGAGCGUCCAAUAGGGAAGGCUCAGGGUCGGGGCUGAUCCUGACUAGUCCAGAAGGAGAAGAGGUAACCUACGCCCUUCGUUUCGACUUCCAUACAUCGAACAAUGAUGCGGAGUACGAGGAACUGCUCGCAGGAUUGCGACUCACCAAACAGAUGGGUGCGAAAGCUGUAACAGCGCUAACCGACUCAGGGUUAGCAGCGAACCAAGUCAAUGGGAGUUUUGAGGUAAGAGACCAAAGAAUGGGAAGGUAUGCAAAGAUGGUAAAGCAACUGGUAGGAUCAUUCGGCCAAUUUACAAUCAAGCAGAUACUCAAAAGUGAGAAUAAGAGGGCAGGCGCUUUGAGCAAGCUAGCGUCCACUUGUUUAGACCACCUGUCAAAGAAAGAUUUAGUGGAGGUGCUCCGGGAGAGAAGCAUUGAUGAACAGCAGGUGAACAUCCUGACCCCUGAAGGACCCACAUGGAUGACGCCAUUCCGCGAAUACCUCCAGAGAGGGGUGUUGCCGGACGACCAUGACGAAGCCAGAAAAAUACGUAUAAAGGCGCCCUCAUACGCAAUGGUGAACGGGGAGUUGUACAAGAAGGGGUUCACGUCUCCAUGGCUAAACUGUUUAGAUCAAGCCAAGGGGAGAGAGAUAUUGCAGGAAGCACACUCAGGGCAGGUAGGCACACACGAAGGAGCGAGGGCUUUGACAGGAAAGGUGCUACAAAUGGGGGUAUACUGGCCAACGAUACAUCAAGACGCAGUAGAAGUAACAAAGAAAUGUGGGGAGUGUCAAUCUUACGCCCCAAUCCAGGCGGAACCCCCGGCGCCGCUAAGCAACAUAUCCAGCCUGUGGCCUUUCUACCAGUGGGGCAUAGACAUAGUAGGUACAUUCCCAGAAGCACCAGGAAAGCUGAAGUAUAUGUUGGUAGCCGUGGAUUACUUCACAAAGUGGAUUGAAGCUAAACCAUUGGCAUGCAUAUCUAGGAGGCACAUGAUAAAAUUUGUGUGGAAAAACAUCAUGACAAGAUUUGGAACACCUAAGGUUCUCAUCAGUGACAAUGGUUUGCAAUUCGCUAAGAACCCGUUCAGAGAAUGGUGCACUGCCAAAGGGAUAAGCCAACGCUUCACAUCGGUGGCACACCCUCAAGCGAACAGUCAAACGGAGGUGUCCAACCGAACCAUUGUCAAUGGGAUAAAAAAGAGGUUGGGCAAAGCAAAAGGGAAUUGGGCAGAGGAGAUACCAAUGGUGCUAUGGUCAUACAUGACUACACCACGGAAAAGCACAAGGGAAACCCCUUUCAGCUUGACAUAUGGGACUGAAGCCAUGCUCCCCAUGGAAUGGUAG